GUCAGCUUGUGAACGAGACAACCUCGUUCGACGGACUGUAAUAACCCCCCCCACACCAUCCCCUCCUCCACAGGCGGCCAUCUUACUUAGGGUAAGUUCACGCGUAGGAAAACAACAUAGGGGGGGGACGUCAUCAAAGAUGCGACGACGUUGGAUAGCCUAUACUCUAUAGGAACGUGACGCCUGAAGCGGCGUCAGGUUCACCCCUUGGUAAGAUGGCGGGGAGUUUCUUGCGUCGCACGGCAAGGGGGGGAGGGUGGUGGUGGUGGGGGCUAUGAUUGUCAAAACGAUGGCGGCUUCUCUGCGAGGGGGCGCUGUGCGGCUCGUCCUGUCCGCAGGCAGCCUGCGGCGGCUGUCCCUGGAACGCAAGCUGACGGCGACACUGCUCCCGUGCGCUCCCCGGCUGGGUCACCAAGCUACAAACGGCCUUCGAUGCCUGCACACCGCUACCAUGCUGCUCACCAAGGAGGGCGACGAAGCAGAAAAGAGUCGCGGCCAACAUCGUCCGGCGGAAGACACGCAUGGCUCAGCGGAGCACAAGUCUGCCGAGUCCACGGAGCGCGGAGAGGAGAUGGGAAGCGAGUACGGUGGCUAUGACAGUGAGGAGGAGAUGAAGCAGAGGAUUCUCAUGCGCGCCUUGGAGUUUGUGCCCGAGUUCGGCUGGACCAACGAGGCUCUGGCAGAGGCAGCGACCGCAGAGGGCCUGUCACCGGCUGUGUCCGGGAUCUUUCAAAAGGGAGCCGGUGACUUAGUGCUGCACUUCGUUCAGGACUGCAACAAGCGCCUGUCCGAGCAGCUCACGGAGGAGAACAAGCUCGUGCAGCUCGGGCAGGCAGAGAACAAGGAAACAGAUCAGUUUCUGCGGGACGCAAUAGAAGCCAGGCUUCGCAUGCUCAUCCCGUACAUGGACAAGUGGACACAGGCAAUGGGGAUAUUGGUGAUGCCGCAGAACUUGCCGGAGAGCGUGACGCUGCUCACGGCGCUCGUGGAUGAGAUCUGCUACCAGGGUGGCGACCGCUCCACCGAUUUCAACUGGUAUACGCGGCGUGGAAUGCUGGCUGCCAUCUACAAUGCCACGGAGCUGGUGAUGGUGCAGGACAAGUCGCACGACUUCCAGGACACCUGGACCUUCCUGGAGAACCGCAUCGGCAACGCCAUGAUGGCAGCGCAGACUGCCCAGCAGGUGAAGGACACGGGUGAAGCGUUGGUGCAGGGCUUGGUUGGUGCCGCUGUCACGCUAAAGAACUUGACGGGGAUGAAUCAGCGCAACUGAAAGUGGUGGUCGGCUGUGUCUGGUGUUUGGAUCAGCUGGAAGCUGCAGUGACAUGUGAACAUCCAUGCUUUUCACUAGUCACCCAAAUUGUACGGUUAGUUUUUAUGUUUUAAAAUCUGUGCAAUUGCUGCUCUCCACCUUGUGAAAUGCCUAAAUAGGAGUUGCGGCUUCGGCCAUGAUAGAACGGAUAAUUCAUCGACUGAGAGAGGAUUAACAAAAGACUAUUGGUGGUUUUCAUUGUUAUAUUUAGCACUGUUUCUAAAUUGUAGUUUCACUGGAAAAUAUUGGCUUGGAAAUAUCACAGCUCCUAGCCAAUGGCCAGUUUCAUAAAAUAACUUUAGUUUUUUCCUCCCUUCGCUUGUACUGCUUUAGAUUAUAAAAGCCAAAGGAAAGUGUCAACAAAAGUUAUGCUGGUUGUCACUAUAGUAAAACAUACAUAUGCGAUUGAGAAACAUUCGGAAUGACAAAUUUAUGAUUUCAUUAUUUUAUUUUCCAAUUUAAUUUCAGAUUAUCCAGUAUUGGAUGCUAUUUGUAAAAUGGUACAUAGCAAGACAAAAUGGUCUGUUUUGGCAAUGCAUGCUUCCAAGGUAAUGGCAAUGGCUUUACGUCUUACUAGAUUGCAUGCUCACACAUCUUAAAUGUACAAUUGAAGCAAUUGGCGGGACCCCGGGGUCCCAUCACUGCCCCGGGGUGGAAAAAACCGCGUAGCGACACGAGUCUUGUUGCCUUACCAACAACAUAACUAGUGGUGGUCAAUCGAUUGGCCUCGUCGAGAGCUACUAGGGGCACUAAGUUUCGUAAAAAGUUGAAAAAUUACAUAAACACGUUAAUUUCACUGCGGGGGCGGACUCGCCUUGACAAAGAAGCUGAGGAUCGACGACUGACCGGAGGGCGUUGUCGCCGCGCACGACUGCGGCGGACGCCCCCCGGGGCUUGCGUUUGGCCGGUGGGGUGGCGCCCAUCGUGUUGAUCGCCGCCUGCUGCUGGUGCUUGUUGGCGCGAGUCUGGGCGGGCGGCGCGUUGCUGUCGGGAUCACGAGUGGGCGGACUGAAAAAUAAUAAUUAUUAUUGACCUGAUUUUUGCGGAACCCCGGGGUCCCGCCAAAUGAUUCAAUUGUGCAUUCAACUCAAAUGAAAUAUCCUUGAACUCAUUAAGGGUGUAAUUACAUCUCUUGUUUUGGAGAGAGUUGGCUGACUAAAAUGUGACAACUGUUUUAUUUCUACUUUGUUGAUAAUAAUAAAAUGUGUUCUUUGUAUUGGCUCAGGGUAGAACAGUAGCACCGUGGUUGGCACACUGUGCAGUGAGCCUGGAAACCUUAGUUUGAAUCCCAACCAUGACUAACAUAAGCAUAAAGUGAUAUCUGGACUGCUCCUGAGUCCCACCUUCACCCGCACUGACGAGUGUGGUAUGGGCCCACGGAGCUGCUCUUGUGAAUGUCACAGUCGUUAAGAUUGACACCAGGUGCUGGAUUGUUUUAUGUGUUAAAAGCGUUGUAUAAAAAAAUAAAAGGCUGUAUAUUGA